AUGUCUACUAAGUUGCUCUUCUGUAAGUCUGAAGUGUUUGUACACGCUGCCAAGAAUGCUAAGGACCAUAGAACUGGUGUUUUAGUAAUCACUAAUGAUCCACAACAAUCUCCUCAUAAUGCUACAAUCACUUGGUUGGAUAAGGAGGAAAUCCCUGAUAAAUUAUAUAUUUAUCUUCAGGAUACUGAGAUUAAGUUAGCUAAUGGUAUUAAAAUAGGCGCUAAAAUUCCGAAAGAUGUUGUAAUACAAGCAAUGUAUUCUUCUUGGUCAUUUUCGGUGAAGUUGCAUCAGAUCACGUCGAUUCAAUUUUGCCCCCCCAGCCCCAAUGGUUGGUUUCAUGGCUCUGUUAUCAUCCAAAGUAAGGAUAGCAGUGAUAACAUACCAGUACUUCACAUGCAUGAUGAUGUUUGUCCAUCAACUCAGAUUAAAAGUAAAUUUUUGGUGGACUCGUUUCAACCCUUUAAAACUGAUUCCGACGUAUACUGGGGUGGAACAGACCUGAAAGAGGCUCUGUCUGAGCUUACUGAUUUAAAGGCUUCUUCGUUGGAUUCUACGCUAUAUGUGUUGAAUUCUGCGCAAGUUCAGACAUACUCAAAGGCGCUCGAUCGAAGAGGCGCACGAGCAAAUCCAGGGGGGAGUAAUGGCGAUGGUGUAAAUAACGGCACGGAGUCUUGGAACAAGCUUCAGUCUUAUAGCUGGAAUACUAUGGCUACAAUUGCUACUGCCACUACUAAAUUCUCUUCUUUGGUAGGGACACUUAUCAAAAAGCACCCUAUAGUACAGUUUGCGGAAAGAAAUAGUAACAACCCCUAUGUUAGAAGAUUGCUGGACAAUCCUAGUGUUCAGGCUGUACAGCGGGAUUUUGAUUCCGCUAAUGUCUACUUGGCAAAAUGGUCGUUGGGAGUUAAAGAGCAGGCGGAAAAGUACAGAGAGUACGGUUCUAAUGAUACACAUAGGCAGCUUCUAUUCCGAGAAUUUGGUACGGAAGGAGAUUUCGAGAUUACUCCGGAUGAACUGAAAACUGCGACUGAACGCUUGCUCCCUUUAACAGCCACUAAAUGGAAUUCCUUCUUUGAUGGUCGGGGCAGGUUGUUUCUAAGUGAACAUGAGAUAAAAAGUAAGAUAUUCCAUGGUGGUAUUGAAAGUAUGGAUCUACGUAGGGAGGUAUGGCCCUUUUUAUUAGGAGUAUUUCCUUGGAAUUCCUCUCGGAAGGAGCGUGAAUCCAUAGAGAACAGUUUGCGUGAAAGGUAUGAAAACGAUUAUAAGGCAAAGUGGCUCAAUAUAGGAGAUUCAAUGGACGCGAAGGAGUCCGAAUAUUGGCAGGAUCAAAUAUUCCGGAUAGAGAAGGAUGUGAAACGAACCGAUAGAAAUUACGAAUUUUACAAGUACAAUACAGAGGAUGGGAAGCGACCAACUGACGCUGAUAAAAGCGAUCAUACUAAUACAGCCGCUACUGUUUAUGAUAAUGAAAUCGAUGAUCAAGAGAUAAAGAAUCCUAAUAUCUUGGCUCUCAAAACCAUUUUGGCAUGUUUUAAUUUGUACAAUGAUCGUCUGGGCUAUGUUCAAGGCAUGUCUGAUCUUCUUUCACCCAUUUAUUUUGUUCUUCAGGAUGAGGCUAUGGCCUUUUGGUGCUUUGUUCACUUUAUGGAGCGAAUGGAGCGCAACUUUUUAAGGGAUCAAUCUGGCAUACGUGAUCAAAUGCUGACUUUAUCCCAGUUGUGCCAAUUUAUGCUCCCAGUUUUUAGCGAGCACCUAAACAAAUGUGAUUCUUCAGACUUCUUCUUCUGUUUUAGAAUGAUUCUAGUAUGGUUUAAACGCGAAUUUGAGUUUGAUGAUGUAUGUAGCAUUUGGGAAAUGUUCUGGACCGAUCACUAUACUUCCCAGUUUCAUUUGUUCUUCAUGCUUGCGAUUUUCCAGAAGAACAGUAAACCCGUGGUGGAUUAUCUCACACAAUUUGACCAAGUUUUGAAGUAUUUCAACGAUCUUACUGGUCGCAUGGAUUGGAAAGAUUUAGCGGUUCGCGCAGAGUUGCUAUUUAUUCACUUCAAGCGAGCUAUUACAAUUUUUGACAAAGUGCCAACUGGACCUGAACGCACGGUUGCGACAGGCUAUCAACAGCAUGCAAACGAGAAUGAUGAUGGUGAUGCUGAUGCAAAAGGUACAACCCCUGAUGUUAUCAGGAACCUCAGUACCUUAUUAUCAACUAGGCCUAUUAUUAAGACCGAAUGUGAGCGUACUGCUGAUUCAAUUAAAUGA